AUGUACAACGUCAUUCACAUUGAAGAGAAAUGGUUCUACCGUUCCCGCGGUAGCCAGAAUUACUAUUUGGCGAACGAUGAAGAAGAUCCAUACCGUAGCACGCAAAGCAAAAAUUUCAUUGAGAAGGUGAUGUUUUUGGCCGCGGUCGCUCGGCCACGCUUUGAUGCGAAUGGCACGAUGAUUUUUGAUGGAAAACUUGGGAUUUGGCCCUUCACAUACCAAGAAGCGGCAAAGAGAAAAAGCAAGAACAGAGAUGUUGGAACCAUGGUCACCAAAGAUAAUGCAAAGACGCAUAUCCCUUUAGAUGAUCCAGAAUUUGUCGCUGCGGCUCAAGCUGAAGGGUGGGACAUCCGUCUCACAUGCCGGCCUCCGAACUCCCCUGACCUAAAUAUUCUGGAUUUAGGUUUUUUUGCAGCGCUCCAGGCACUUUUUCAGAAGUUGUCUCCAGGUUCUAUUGAGGACAUUGUGUUGAAGGUGCAGCAGGCAUUCGAGGAGUAUCCAGCUGAGAGAAGCAACAGAAUUUUCCUCACUCUUCAAGCCUGCAUGAUAGAAGUGUUGAAGCAACUUGGAGGAAACCGCUACAAAGUUCCGCACAUGCGGAAGGCUGUGAGAGAGAGGCUUGGCGAUCUCCCCGUGGCACUACAAUGCGCCGCAAACAUUGUUAAUGAUGCCAUUGAAUCCUUACCUGAUGUUUAG